AUGAGAAUACAAGCGAAAAGAGGUCGGUCGAAGAAUGGUCUGUUCCGAGCUCAGACUGAUCGCCAUUUGGACGAAUACCUCGAGAUCACCGGGUACGAACGACCUAACUUCAAGUUCGCUCAACAAACUGCUCCAUACGAAGGGGCCAAAAUCUACGUUGCCUAUAUGAACAACGUGCAGAUGAGAUUUGGACAACACCUUCGCCGUUUGGAAGAAGAUCGAAUCCGUCAACUGAUCAAUGAAGCCAUCACCGUCCCCGCGAGAAGAUUCAAAGAGGCGAUCAAGAGCCAAUCGGUGAAUAGAAAGACCAUCCCUCAGAAUCUUCUUAUCUACAUGAAUGCUUACCACGCUCUCCGGCCUGUAUUGGACGCUUACGAUAGAGACUAUUGGCUUGGUGAAGGCAACAUCUAUUACGAUGUCAAGAUCCGUCCGAAUAACCAUUUCGAAGCUUUCUAUCAACUGGAUCGACUUUUCUCCCUACUUGGGCAACGUUCCUUCAAUUGCAUCCCUCUCUGGCGCUCAUGGUCACCCUGCUAUGUCCAGAUUGACAGCAAGAUCCUAUGCCAAAACAUCAUGAAGAAAAACCGGGUGAAUGGGGCUGACAAGCCCUCUUAUUGGCGCCAGGUGGUCGAUUUGGAUGCCCCAGUCUUCAAAAACCAGGAGGAUGGCGAGCUUCAAUUCCGUGGUACCAUCCAAACCGACGUGAAAGAAGUCAGCAAGUACGUUACAGACCUGACCGUUCACGAGCUCCAAGCCAUGUCGGGUCGAUGUGUCGUGGUGGAUCCAGGAAGAAGAGAUAUUGUUUUGUGUACACGAAGACUCUACCCCGACCGAGCCCAUCAAGUUCCGGUAUACGUCACAGCAUCAAGACAAGAUGUGGAAGACCAAAAAGUCCUAUCCCAACACUCGAGCCGCAAUAUCUCCAUCGACGAACAUGUCGCGUACCUCGGAGACCGAUCCGACCAAUCCGAGAUCCUGAGUGACUUCUACAGAGACACCAUCACAAACCACGACACCGAGAAUUUGUUGUUCCGGAAACUUCGACUCUCCAAAUAUAUCAACAAGGAAAAGGCAAGUCAGCAGCUCAUCCGAGAUUUGACCGAUACCUUUGGUGAAGACGCGGUAUUCGUGAUAGGAAACUGGUCAGCUCCGAACACCCUGUACCAUGAGCCAAUCCGUGGUCUUGGUUUCAGGAGACUAUUGACAAAGCAUGGAUUCCGCGUCCUGCUUAUUGACGAGUUCAAGACCAGCAAGUGUUGCCCGACCUGCCGUACGGAAAGCCUGAAGUCAUUCAAACAAGUUCGAAAUCCACGAUCUUACCGCCGACAACAAAAUCCUUUGGUUCUUUGCCAUGGUCUUCUAAGAUGUACCAAUCAAACUUGCUUCGAACUCAUGGCACUGUACCGGAGAGGUUUCACCGAGGUGGAUCUUCAAGGCGUCCAAGAGAAGAACUACAGCAGCCAAGAACCCGGCGUCGUAUAA